AUGGCAGCUACCCAAGUCACCGGAAAAUGGACCAAAGUCCUCGACGCAGAGGUUCUUCAACGUUCAUCCCAAGUACUUGCUGUUGUUGAUAACGUGGCCCACGUUUUUGGAGGAGAGCUGAGACCCCGCGAACCCCGCGAUAAUGACGUGCAUACCAUCGCACUGGAUGGCACGAGCUCGACGUUAAGUGUUGCCAAACCGUCAACAUCACAGGUCCCCUCCCCACGAGUGGGAUCCGCCUCCGCAACCCUCCGCCAGAAGAUCUACCUCUUCUCCGGCCGCGGCGGCAUCGCCAUGGCCCCCAUCGACGAAGACGGCGCAAUUUGGGAAUUCGAGCCCCAGACUUCAGCCUGGACACUCAUCGCCCCCGCGUCAGCAACCCACCCCCCAGCCCGCAGCUACCACAGCAUGACCAGCGACGGCAACGACACGCUCUACCUGCACGCAGGCUGCCCCGAAAGCGGCCGUCUCUCCGACCUCUGGGCCUUCCGGCUCUCGACCCGGGAAUGGACGCCGCUGGCUUCUGCGCCGGGCCCUGCGCGCGGGGGUACCUCGAUCGCCUUCGCGGAGGGCGUGUUGUACCGGAUGAAUGGAUUCGAUGGGAAGACCGAGCAAGGCGGCAGUGUGGACGUGUAUUCUCCGGAAGCGAACGCCUGGUCGUCGUAUCGGUUUGUUGCUGAUGGGGUGAGUGGGCCCGAGGCACGGAGCGUGGGCGCUCUGCUUCCUGUGCGGAUUGGUGGUCGGGUGUCGCUGGUGACGCUGUUCGGCGAGAGAGACCCUAGCGCUUUGGGGCAUCAGGGGGCGGGGAAGAUGCUGGAUGAUGUGUGGGUGUUUGAUGUGGAGGAACGGUCCUGGAAGAGAGUAGAUGCGCAGGGCGCUGAGGCCCCCUAUGCUCGCGGAUGGUUUGCUGCCGAUGUGCACGGCGAGAAUGCGAUUGUCGUGCAGGGAGGGUUGGAUGAGUCGAAUGGGAGGUUGGGUGAUGUUUGGAUUCUCUCGUUCUAG